AUGCAUUGCUCGUCUCUUGAAUUCCUACUGGCGGACCGGUACGGCUCUGGCGAUCCCUCAUAUUCCUACUGGCGGAUAGGCACCGAUUAUCAGGCUCUUGGUAAGGCCAUCCGCAAUCAUCUGGUUGAGCUUAGAUUAUUGCUUGAUAUUUUCAGAGGUAUCCUGCAGAGCUUUGCUGGUCAGAUAUAUAAUAACCCUGUUUGCAGCCUGAAUAUAGUCUGUAUUUCUGGCUAUUUUGCAAGGCUGUUUAGUUUAUCUUUGAAGUAUUUAGCUGCCUCUCUGGCUGCUGGUAUUGAUAGGUGUAUUAAGCAAGGAAUUAAGAUACAUGCCUUUGCCUUUGUAAACAGAUACUAUAUAUUUAGUACUAUAUACUUCAAUGGCUGUAUAGGCCUGAGUAAUUCAAGGAGAUGUCAGCUUAGUAAUAUCUAUAUCUCUACUGGUAGUAUAGAAUACCUUGACCUUAGUGACUCGGCCAAGGCCUGCGCUGUCCUGAAGGCGGUGAGCCACCUACAAGACUUCCUUGCAACAACAAUCCUUCUUUCUCAUUUCUUCUUUAGCGAUUCCUUCUUGGCUAAAGGUCUUGCAAUAUUUGAUAGUGAUCUAUUUAUCCCUGUUCAGACUAGUUGUAAAAGCUAUAUUAGUCAAGUAUCUGUUUUUGUUGGGUUUGCUUUGGCUAUAAAUAUUAGCCAGGAGAUUGCAGUGUUUAAUUGCCAAUUCUUCAAAGCUUUGAAAUCUGCCUCUUGA